AUGUUUCCGACGGUGCAGCGUGCGGUGACGAGGAUUAAUUCUGCGUUGUUCUUUGGGGAAGAUGUCGCUUUUGAUGAGGCGUUUACGACGCAUGGGUUGAACUUCAUCUCGCAGGUGGCGCUUGUGCCUGAAGCGGUUCGACUGGUGCCUUCUUUCCUGCGGCCCCUAGUAACCAAGCUCAUCAAAGGCCGGAACGCGGAUCAGAAGUUCGUCUUCAGCAUCAUGACGCAGAUGAUCGAGCAGCGUUUAGCGUAUAAUACCUCGACGCCGGAGUCUUCCCGUCGAAAUCCACAGACCUUCACAGAAGGCUACAUCGACCACCACCCCUCCGAUCACACCACCGCCAACAUCCUCAACUCCAUCAACACAACCUGGGUCACCUCCUCGCUCGCCAUCCCCAUCCUAACCUGCCACCUCCUGCAAGACCUCUACACGCACGCCGCGCAUCUCCCCGCCCUCACCUAA